CCCUCCCCGCUCCCAAAUUUUUGUUUCCUCCAGUACAGCUAGACAUCUCCGCUCUCUCUACACAGUCUUGACCCCAGCAUCUUGCGCGCAAGGACCAGUCGACUCGCCUCCGCUAGCGGAGACGAAUUCUGAGCAGCCAUGUCGACAACGACAGGAGCUUUUCUUGCAGGAGGUGUCGCAGCAUGCGGUGCAGUCACGGUAACUCACAGCUUCGAGACGGUCAAGAUUCGUUUACAAUUGCAAGGAGAGCUGCAGUCUAACAGCGAUGCGGUCAAGAAGUACCGGGGUGUUUUCCACGGUGUCAAGGUUAUCCUGCAGAACGAGGGCCCUCGCGGUCUUUUCCGGGGUAUCGGCUCUGCCUAUAUCUAUCAAGUUCUCCUGAACGGUUGCCGGCUCGGAUUCUACGAACCUCUCCGCGGAGCCAUCACGAAUGCGGUCUACAAAGACACUCAGAUUCAGUCCAUCGGCAUCAACGUCUUCGCAGGUGCUGCCUCGGGUAUCAUUGGCGCUGCAGCUGGUUCGCCAUUCUUUCUUGUCAAGACUCGUCUACAAUCCUUCUCGCCCUUCCUUCCUGUCGGCACACAGCACAACUAUCGCAACUCUUUCGAUGGGCUGAGCAAGAUCUACAAGACCGAGGGUGUCAAGGGCUUAUACCGUGGUGUUGGCGCAGCUAUUGUGCGCACUGGUUUUGGUAGCUCGGUUCAGCUGCCGACCUACUUCUUCGCCAAGCGUCGCUUAACCAAGCACCUUGGUAUGGAAGAUGGACCGGCCCUGCACUUGGCUAGCAGCACGGCCUCCGGCUUUGUUGUUUGCUGUGUCAUGCAUCCUCCUGACACCAUCAUGUCGAGAAUGUAUAAUCAGACCGGUAACCUUUACAAGGGCGCAUUUGACUGCUUGUUCCAAACCAUUCGCACAGAGGGCAUUCUUGCAAUCUACAAGGGCUAUUUCGCCCAUCUUGCCCGCAUCCUGCCCCAUACCAUUUUGACACUGAGCUUGGCUGAACAAACCAACAAAUAUAUGCGUAGACUCGAGGACCGGUUCCUCUCGGACUCGCUCAGGGCUCGACUGUAAAUAAAAGACGUUUGUCCAGCGGCAUUGGCUUACCUGCUUAUCGUGCGAAGACAUUUAUAGAGGCAUUUCGGUAUAUUCGAUCAGGGUUUAGUGGUUGAGUGUUAGCAUCUGUUUGCUCGGCGUGUUGUGUACAUAGGGCGUUUCAGCUUCGUUAGUCGGGUCAUGUUAGGUCGCAUUGACCUCGAAGCAACAUAGAGCUAGAUUUUGUGGAAGCUGAGGCAUAUUAAACCGUACAUUCGGCGGUAUCUGCGUGAGAUUGAAGGAUAUACAUCCUUGG